GGUAUUUUUAAAAGUUCCCCCAACGGUCACGCUUUGCAUAACAAUUCACAUUUUUUUAUUUCAUAAAUUUUAUAUCAAGGUAUUAAAUAAAAAGAUGUCUCUUUCGCCAGCGAGUGGCAUUGGCCGCUUCUAUGCGAAGUCGGCCAAAAUCAUACGUUUCGUGCGGCUGGGCUGCACCAACCGCCCUUUUUACCACAUUGUAGUCAUGGAGAGGCGUAAGAAUCAGCACCAGCCUGUAAUCGAGCAGGUUGGUUCCUUCGAUCCCCUGCCCAACGACUUCAACGAGCGAUUGGUGGCCCUAAACACCGAGAGGAUUCGCUAUUGGCUGGGCAAAGGCGCCCACUUGUCCACGCCGGCUGCAGAGCUCCUGGGAAUCGCCGGACUACUGCCCAUCCACCCACGCACCUACAUGACCGCCUGGCGGAACCGGAGAGCAGCCGCCGAAGCGGAGGCCACAUCAGAAAAGGCGGAGUCAGCAUCAACCGCUUAAUGAUCGCAGUUAAUCAAUAAAAACCCUCGUUUUCGUUUUACGUUUAA